GACUUCACAUAGGUUAGGAAGAUUUCCCUGACCCAAGAAAGAAGGCAAAAGAGUUGGGGGUCACAGGACAGAAGAUGGGAAUUUUCUCCGUGAAGCUGAGAAGUGGAUGAGAAGUUUGGAGUCCAUGUGAGGUGGGUUCGCGAGAUUGCCCAUGGGGGCCCAUCCUAAAUUAGAUGCUAGGAAUUUGGAGACCAGGAGCUUGAGCGGCUUGGCUAGGUUUAGGUUUCUCCAGUCGUGCUCACUUGCCAUAAAAAUGCCUUGAAGGGGACCAGGAGUCAGUCCAGUCAUGGAGAAGUGCAGCCAUUGAUAGGGCGGUGGCAGGAGGGGGCACUGCGGAGGAUGCCAGCUCCGGGCGUCCUAGGGUCGACUACCUCACCGCAUGGUGAGACCUUCAGGCCCCGUAGGCGGGCAUCGGGGAGGCGGCCCUCCAAUCCUUCCGCUUAGGGUCGCCUUACCCGCUUGUGCUGACUGCCCUGGGUGGACUGGAGGACGCUGCUGGAGCACAAUGCUCCCUCCUCACCGCAGCCAGCCCCCGCACGCCAAGGCGAAGCAGGCUUUCCCGCCACCGCUGCAAUCUAGGAUUAGUGUGCUCUCUGCCAGCGCGGCGGGAUUAGCACGCGUGGAUUUGGCGCCCGGCUUGGGGAUUACUGCGCGCUCCGCCCCGACGUAUAUAUUCUGGUCCGAGGGCUGGCGGGGCCGGGCAUGGCCGGGCAUGGCAUGGCGGUAGCUGGGGGCGCGGCGAGUCGCAGGGGCCCUGGGCGGCCCUGCCCCUUCUCAAUCGAGCACAUCCUAUCCAGCCUGCCUGAGCGGAGUCCCUCAGCCCGGACUGCCCGUCCACCCCAGCACAGCGGCCACCAGAGCCCCGCGGAGCCCGGGGAACCCGGGGCGCCUGAGAUUGUGUCCUGUGCCUGCUGUUGCUGCUGUGGGCUCCGCUCUGGGUCCCGCGCGGCACCCCGCAGGACCCCGGAGGCAGCCGCCGGGCUGGGCGCGCGGCUGCCGUGGCCACUGAGGCUGGGGCCAGCGGCGCCCUUGCCCUUGGCCGCGCCGGCUGGAGGCUCCGCAACUCUCCCUGGCCCUGGCGGCCCAGUCCCACAGCGACGCACUAGGCGCCACCGCACCAUCUUCAGUGAGGAGCAGCUGCAGGCACUCGAGGCGCUCUUUGUGCAGAACCAGUACCCCGACGUGGGCACGCGCGAGCGCCUGGCUGGCCGCAUCCACUUGCGCGAGGAGCGCGUGGAGGUCUGGUUCAAGAACCGCAGAGCCAAGUGGCGACACCAAAAGCGCGCAUCAGCAUCAGCAUCAACGAGGCUCCUGCCUACGACCAAGAAACCUCCCAAAGAGAGAUGCUGAUGGUUCUGGGAGCUACUCUUGGUCUUGACCAUGAUCUUUGGGGUCCGCAAAGAGAGAGGACAGACCUACUUGAACGGGAGCUAGGAGAAGACAGCAGCCUCUUUCCAUCAGUCUUCACAGCUUUAUACAGCCUGGAGCUAGUGCUGGGUUACCAGUGUAUGUGUGUCUAGUGUUAACUGACCCCUAGAAGGAGUGGACACCAAGCACCUGAGUGUCCUGUCUUCCUCAGUGGCAAUAAGGUAGGAACCAGGAAGAUUCCCUUGGGGUGGAGUGGGGCAAAGAGCAAGUCAGCUUGCUCAACCCCCACUCACCACACCAAGAGGCACUAAUUUCACCCCAGAAUAGGAACUACCACUUAUCAACACCUGCAUCUACAAUCCUUCCCAGUGGAGUCUCCCUCCCUACCCCUGGGCAGGCUGGACUCCUUCCUCUCCUCAUGUGGACAUGGGCCCCACUGACCUGAUCUUCCACCCUCCUGGGACUGGAUUGGUGGUGUCUGCACAGUCCUGGGCUUGCUGUCACCUUGCAUGUACUAUGCUGGGCCUUGGUGUCUGGACCUGCGGAAUAAGAAGGUUGGAUGAGGUAAUUUCCAGAAGCUCUCUCAC